UAGCGCUCUCGGUGGUCUAGAACAUACCGGAAGUGUGCUCAUGAGAGAAGAAGAAGAAGAAGAAGUGGGAUUCCGCGGGAAUUGUUUCCUUUAAUUUUGCAAAAGGAACAAUCAGUAAAAACUCGUAUUUAAAGUCGGUUCGGAAACGCUAAUUAUUGGCGGUCCGUCAUGUUCUCGGAGCUGAGCGCCCAGCAGCGGGGUUCCUCUCUCCUCUGCCGUCCUGCCUCCUCCGAGGACCAGGGCCCGGUGUUCGAGAGGGCGUCCCAGUCCUACUGCCCCCGCUCCGAGCGCUACACGGUCGGGGAGCGAAGCUUCAGUCGCCAGUACGCUCAUAUUUACGCCGCGCGGCUGAUGCAGAUGAGGCCCCUGUUGUCACAGAGAGCCGAAAACAAAUGGGGGUCAGAUGUGGCUAUCAGGAGGCUGUGUCAUCUCCAGACAGGAGAGCAGUGUUGCAUUGUGGGAACGUUGUUCAAGCGUAUGGAGCUGCAGCCGUCGAUUCUGAAAGAGAUCAGCGAGGAGCACAACCUGCUGCCCCAACCGCCGCGGGCGAAAUACAUCGGUGAAGCUGAUGAGGUGAUCUUGGAGGACGAGCUGCAGAGGAUCAAACUCGAGGGCAAAAUCGACCGAGACAGAUGCAUCACAGGCAGUAUCGUAGCCGUCUACGGAGCCGAACGGAACGAUGGGAAGUUCACCGUCGAGGACUUCUGCACUGCCGAUCUGCCGGCGCAGCCCGAACGACCGGCUCUGGACUCGGACAGGUAUGUCCUCCUAGCCUCGGGACUCGGUCUCGGCAGCACAAACGCCGACAGCAUGUUGGGGCUGCAGCUGCUGAUCGACAUGGUCGGCGGUCAGCUGGGCGAGCAACGAGAACAGAGCGCCACAGCAAAUAUCGCCAGGGUUCUGCUAGCCGGGGGUCUCCUAAGUCAAAGCGCCCAGGACAAGGACGCGUCCACCAAGGCCAAGUAUCAGACCAAAAAGACUCAGGCGGGCAGCGUGGAGGCCGUUCGUCAGCUGGACGAGCUGCUGCUUCAGCUGGUCGCGUCUGUUCCAGUGGACGUGAUGCCAGGUCAGUAUGACCCCACCAACUACACCCCCCAGCAGCAGCCACUGCACCGCUGCAUGUUCCCUCUGUCUUCAGUUUACCCCACCCUCCAGCUGGUUUCCAACCCGUACCAGGCUGACGUCGACGGAGUGAGGUUCCUUGGCACCUCAGGUCAGAAUGUGUCUGACAUUCAGAAAUACACCAGCAUGGACAGCCAUCUUGAAAUUCUGGAGGAAACUCUGCGACUCCGCCACCUGGCACCGACGGCUCCCGACACCCUUGGUUGUUACCCGUUUUACCAGAGAGAUCCGUUCAUUCUGGAAGAGUGUCCCCAUGUUUACUUCAGUGGCAGCGCCCCCUCCUUUGACUCCAAACUCAUCAAAGGUGCUGACGGCCAACAGGUUCUGCUGGUCACUGUCCCAGAGUUCUGCAGCACUCAGACGGCAUGUCUGGUCAACUUGCGCACUCUGGACGUGGAGCCCAUCAGCUUCUCUGCCUUCUCCGCCGACGGUGACGAGGACAGCGAGAUGAACGUCAGUCACUGAGGUCCGCGACUACAGUCGGACGACACACACCUGCACCGACUCUUCAUGUCCACCGGAGGCCGGUGUAUGACGACGGACCGCUGCAGUGACUUUGUAAACCGGAACUGUUCUUGAUUUCUCCACCGAUUUCAUUCCAUCCAGACGUACUGCGCGGCUGCCUCCCGCUAGCACUAAUAGUACAGUACUCGAAGUAUGACUAAUAAAACAUCUUUGUAAAAAAA